CCCUGUGGAGGAGGACAGAGAUACAAAGCUAAUCUCAAAAGACGAGAAGGGUCGCGCUGCUGGCGGUUCUGGGAGAAACUUCUGGGUGAGUGGACUUGCUUCCACCACCAGAGCUACAGACUUAAAGAAUCUGUUUAGCAAAUAUGGGAAGGUGGUCGGUGCAAAGGUGGUCACCAAUGCCCGCAGCCCCGGCGCGCGCUGCUACGGCUUCGUCACCAUGUCUACAGCUGAGGAAGCCACAAAGUGCAUUACUCACCUGCACAAAACGGAGCUGCACGGGAAGAUCAUUUCUGUGGAAAAAGCAAAAAAUGAACCUGCUGGGAAGAAACCGACUGAAAAAAAGGAGAACGAGUCGAAGAAAGAAACAGCCAGCGAGAGGCCUAGCAGUAGUAAAAGGGAUGAGAAAUGUGACCAGAAAGACGACUCCAAAAAGACUGAAGACAGAGAUGAAAAAGAAAGGAAAGAGAAGGAUGAACAGAAGUCUGCUUCAUCGGAUCAGCCUAAAUCUUCCAAGUCAGGGAGUAAAGGAACAGAGAGAACGGUGGUAAUGGAUAAAUCCAAAGGAGAACCUGUUAUCAGUGUGAAAACAUCAACUACAUCAAAAGACAGAAGUGUUAAGAGCCAGGACCGCAAAUCGGAGAGCAGGGAGAGGCAAGGCAUCGUGCCCUUCGACAAGAUCAAGGCUCAGAGGAAGAUGAGGGAGGCCGAGCAGCGCCGCACCCGUGAGCGUCGGGAGAGGCAGCAGCACCUGCAGACCAUCCGGGAGCGCGAGGAAAGGGAGAGGCUGGAGAUCGCUCGGGAGAGACUGGAAAUUGAAAGGCAGCGGCUGGAGCGAGAGCGGAUGGAGAGAGAGAGACUGGAGAGAGAGAGGAUGCACAUCGAGCACGAAAGGAGGAGGGAACAGGACCGCAUCCAGCGGGAAAGGGAGGAGCUGCGGCGGCAGCACGAGCAGCUGCGCUACGAGCAGGAACGCCGCUCUGCCAUGAGAAGGCCGUAUGAUAUUGAUGGCAGGAGGGACGAUCCAUACUGGCCUGAAGCGAAGCGGAUGGCGAUGAACGAUCGCUACCAUUCUGACUUCGGCCGCCAGGACCGCUUCCACGACUUCGACCACAGGGAUCGUGGCCGGUACCAAGACCACUCACUGGACAGGAGAGAUGGAUCGAGGACAAUGAUGGGAGAUCGCGACGGACAACAUUACCCAGACGAGCGCCACGGGGGACCUGAGCGCCACUCCCGGGACUCCCGGGAGAGCUGGGGCAGCUACGGCUCUGACAGGAGGAUGAGUGAGAGCAGAGGGAUCCCGCCGCCCUCACGAGAUGGCCGCGACUGGGGGGAGCACGGGAGGAAAUUUGAAGGGCACCAAGAGCGUUCGUGGCAGAGCAGCGUGGAUGGAGGGAUGAUGGGACGGGAUCACGAGAGAUGGCAAGGUGGAGGUAGAGGGAGACCUGGCCACGUGAUGCACCGUGGAGGCAUGUCAGGGCGAGGAGGGUUCAUGCAAGGCGGGAACCAAAGUCAGAUGAUGCACGGAGGAGGGAUGCAAGGAGAGGGAUUUGCUGGCCAGGAAAGAGCAAGCAGACCCAACGACCCCCGGUUCAACCGUCGCUACUGAAUGUUUUAAUUUUUAAUGCUACGUGGCAACUGAAAUUGAUUUGUCACCCGGGGUUACCGUUCCUUGGAGCUCAUGGGUCACUGUAAGUGUAAUUUUUUUUAAGCUGCUGCCAUAUUACGUCACUCAAUACAAUGUGAACUCAUUCGUUUUGUAAUGUGUUGUUCAUAUCUCAUUUAAAAAUGUUUGUUAAUGAAGCAUUCCAUUUUCCACAAAUAAAAAACAGUUUACAGUUAA